AUGAAUAACCACUUGCUCCCCUUUCCAUAUAAUCAGUCCCAUCCUCCAACAUGGCUAGACCAUGUAGUUCGACCACUAUCCAACAUCCUCCUAUCUAGAUGGCCCAGGCAGUCCAAACCAGAGAAUCCAUUAGUCACGCCAAUCCCUCUCCAGAAUACCAGUGAUAGUCCCUCUGACCCUCCAAUCCGCAUAAUAUGCAUCUCAGACACACAUAAUGCAACCCCAUCUCUCCCACCAGGCGACAUUUUGAUUCACGCCGGGGACUUAACAGCCAAAGGCACAUUUGAUGAAAUCCAAGCACAACUCCGCUGGCUCUCAUCACAGCCACAUCGUCACAAGAUUGUUAUUGCAGGAAACCAUGACAUCCUUCUUGAUGAAGACUGUGAUGCGAAAUUCGUGACGCGUUUGGAAGAUGGCGUCCACCAGCGGAAGAAUCUUGACUGGGUUGAUAUCCAGUACUUGCAAGAUGAAGCAAUCACGGUAUCGAUACCGAUACAGAUCACCGAUGAUGAAAUUUCACAACAGCAAGGGCAAGUCCGAAAGAUAAAGAUCUACGGAUCGCCGUCCACCCCAGAAUGUGGCACUUGGGCUUUUCAAUACCCCGCGAUUCGGGAUGUAUGGACGGGCCGGGUCCCCGAUGACACCGAUAUCCUGGUUGUUCACGGUCUCCCGGCUUUAUAUGGGGAUUGUGAUGGUGAGACCGAAACGAGUGGGGAAGUCAGGGUCAAGGGUGAUGGGUACCUACUCCGUGAGAUUUGGAGAGUCAGGCCUAAGAUGGUGGUUUGCGGCCAUAUUCACGGUGCGUUCGGGGUCUCUGUUGUUCGUCAUGAUAGAGUUCAAGAUGCUGUGGACGGAUUGAGGAUGCGGUGGCCUGAACAUGGUGUUUUGGGGGCUCUACAAAGGGUAUUUUGGAGCGGGAUUGGGACGGUGAGGGGAGUUGAUUCUUUAAAGGAGACGGUGGUCGUUAAUGCUGCUUUUGCGGGUGGUGCAUUUGAGACUGAGGAUAAGGGUGCAAUCGCUAUUGAUUUUCGCUAA